GUUCCAGAUAUGGCGGAGCUUGACUCUGACGUUUGUGCGACAAGAGUUACUGUUAUUUUUCGUCUAUGAAGAAUCCACUCUGCUGCAAAGAAGUAUGCAAAAUGCACACGGCCAGAUCGUCUUCUGGCCCCGCCAAGAUGAUGGAUAUGUGAGGUACCCUGUUUUAAGAUCGCUGCAGUCAUGAUAAUAACCCUAAUUUUAAUGCUAUGUAAAUACUUGUAGAUCCCCCCCUCAGGCUCUGUCGAGAAUGGGGAGAUCACAAACAGAUUUGCCUCUGUAACCGUACGAGGAAGUCGCAAUUUUCAUUAUUCGUGCGACUAUCCGAACAAAAAAUAGCGGUGACAGUGGGGGGGCCCCGAUACCCCCGUGGUGGUCCCCAACGAAUGCCUAGUGCCAUUCCACUGUCCAUGGCAUCCCUUCAGCCCAGUCUACGAUCCGAAAAUGGCCGUGACGACAGUUCGAAGUUCUGGACGGCUAUCUACGACUACGAUGCUUCAGGUGACGACGAGCUCUCGCUUCGAAGAGGAGAGAUCGUCGAAGUGUUGUCGAAGGACGCCCGAAUCUCGGGCGACGAUGGGUGGUGGACGGGCAAGAUUGGGGACAAGGUGGGUAUCUUCCCUUCCAACUUCAUCGCCGAAGGUAGUGCCAAUGAUGUUCAGGACCCGAGCCGUCCAUUCGAGAUCAAGUUUUCCGAGCUUGAACUGGAAGAGGUCAUCGGGGUUGGUGGGUUCGGGAAGGUGUAUAGGGGGUUCUGGCGUGGGAUGGAAGUCGCCGUCAAGGCGGCCCGCCAGGAUCCCGACGAAGACAUCAGUGUGACGACCGAAAGCGUGCGCCAGGAGGCGAGGCUCUUCUGGGUGCUUGAUCAUCCCAACAUCGUGACGUUAAAAGGAGUGUGCUUCGACGUGCCCAACCUGUGCUUAGUGAUGGAAUACGCGCGCGGAGGACCCCUCAAUCGAGUGCUCAGCGGCCGCAAGAUUCCCCCCGAAGUGCUCGUCGAUUGGGCUAUCCAGAUCGCCCGUGGCAUGCACUACUUACAUUCCGAGGCACCUAUUUCGCUCAUACACAGGGAUCUCAAGUCCAGCAAUGUGCUUUUGAGUGAGCCCUACUGCGAGUCACCAACAAGGACUUUGAAGAUCACAGAUUUUGGAUUGGCUCGAGAAGUGUAUAAAACUACCCGCAUGUCAACGGCCGGCACGUACGCAUGGAUGGCCCCUGAAGUAAUCAAGUCAUCUACGUUUUCCAAGGCCAGUGACGUGUGGAGCUAUGGUGUACUACUGUGGGAACUGUUAACUGGUGAAACACCAUACAAAGGCAUUGAUGCUCUGGCAGUGGCUUAUGGAGUUGCAGUCAAUAAACUGACCCUUCCUAUACCAUCCACCUGCCCAAGCCCAUUCUCCAGCCUUAUGGAAGCCUGCUGGAACUCUGAUCCCCAUGAGCGGCCUACAUUUGUUCACAUUCUUAUGGAGCUAGAUCAGAUCACCAAGUCGCCGUUCAUGACGACUCCCCAGGAGUCGUUCCAUACCCUUCAAGAAGAUUGGAAGCAUGAGAUUGAGGGAAUGUUUUUGGAGCUGCGUUGUAGGGAAAAGGUAAGGCUGCGUUUGAAGUGUGCCGCGGUCUUUAGCAUUGUAGAGUGUUUCUCAUGCUGGGUGCUUGCGGGUAAUUUUCUGCAGGAGCUUCGUUGUCGGGAAGAGGAGCUGAACAAGGCGUUUGUCCAGCAGAAGUUGCAGGAAGAGUUUCUGCGGCAGCGGGAGCAAGAACUGGCGGAGCGGGAGAUUGACCUUCUGGAGCGUGAGCUCAAUGUAAUGAUUUUGGCCCAGCAGAAGGCACACCCUGCACCAGCACCUCGAAAGCGGGCGGGACAUUUCAGAAAGUCUCGUCUAAAGCUGCUCAAGUCCGGAGGUGGCGCUCAGAUCAGCAUGCCUUCUGACUUCCGGCACAACAUCACCGUGCAGCAUACACCCACGCAUGGUCCUGGAGGAGAGCUAAAAGCCCUGAGGUUAUCAUCGAGUCCAGAAAGUCCUCCCGGUUCACCCAGCCUCCCACGGCUAAGAGCAUAUGCAUUGCCAGUGGAUGGAGCGAAAGGGAAGACUUGGGGACCCAGUUCGGUGCAUCAGCGUGAACGGGGCAGUCCCUGUACCCGCAAGCACCUCCUGGUUGAAACCAACAAGCGCUGGUCUCGCUCUGCCCCAAACCUUCCCAGGAACCUUGGUGUAGCUAAUGCGCUCAUGGAACUCAGCCUCGAAGAUGGCUAUGGAACGGCUUCAAUGGAUGCCUGUACCAAUGGAUACGGUUACAGCAGUGAUACAGGGACAAGUAGUCGCAAGUCAUCAUCACCGUCAGUUCGGAGAGUGACCGAGCUGUUACUGUUCAACGUGGGAGCAAUGCUGGCAGGUGUAGGAGCUGGCUUUGAUGUGCGACUAGCCCCACAGACCAAGGCACAUCCUCGGCUCAUGGGUCACGAUAGCGGUAGCGGAACCGUUGGCGUUGGUACAGACGACCCGCUUGUUGGCUUUGGAACAAGUGGUUGGGCACGAGACUCUGGUUUUCCUCCUUACCCAGUGUGCUCAGAUUACGAAUUUGCUGCCUCAUCGGGCUACUCCCACCACACCUACCAUGGUCCUACUCGACACUGCCGCCCGAGCCUGUCUCUAGAGCCCAGCCCACUGCGGACACAGCCUUUCAGCCCGCAGCCACGGAAGUCCUCCACAGCGUCGAACGACAGCUCGAGCGAUCUGGCAUACGCAAGCUCCGCCAGCUCUGGCAUUGGUCCUUCUCCUCUCAGUGGGGGACCUCUCUCUCCGCCGGACUACCUCGCGUCACCCCCCGCGGCUCCUUCCGACGUUUCGUACCACCCUUCACCCAACCACUACUACCGCGAUCCACCCCCUUACCCCGAGUACCCACGACCUGCAUACCGUGACGGAGUUCUGCCAUCGUACGCGUAUGACAACCCUGCGGGGGGCUACUACUCCCCGCACCGCAGGACUUCAACGGAAAGGACUCCCCCGCCAAACGUGAAUCCAACAUUCCAGGACGAUGACCGCUUGCAGCCGCAAGUCCCGCCCGUCUAUCCUUCGCCCCGACGUUCCCGUCGAGACAUGGAGAGACGGCCGGCAACACUGGAGGUGUCGCCUGCGCGGAGGUCACCGCGACCACCGGCGGUGGUCCCCAGGUAUCCUCAGAGAAGGCGGUGCUCGAACUCGAGCAGCACGGGCAGCACGCCGACCAACACCACGCCCCCGAGCAGCGUUGCCAGCAGCGAGGUGUCCGUGUCGACCAGCACUGGAAGAGUGAGGUUCACGAUAGGAGUGGGGCCCUCGGAAGUGCCCCAUGUGUGCAACAAGGCCGCCGGAACAAGCGACGAAGGACAUACCCUCCUGGACAUGCCCAUGGAUGGGCAGAAUCGAGAUGGAACAGUGCCUCUUCCCGCUAGAGCGGUGGCUGAACGCAGGAGGCCCUCGAUACGAGAGUUGGAGAAGGAGUUCCUCUCGUAGCCGUUGUGAUUGCCCUUCAGGGAUUGCUCAGAUACUGUGGAUGUGUUUGUGUUGGUAUGUAUGAGUUUGGUAGCUUCUUUGUCCCCUUUGGUUCCCAUGUUUUUCUUCGUAGCACUCGUCGAGGGCAAACGAGCUUGACGUGGUGUUACCUGCCUGUUUCUUCCGCUCGUUCCUUGGUUGUCUCUUACUUGUUUACUUUCUCCUGUAGAAAUCGUUAGUCUCAAGUUUCAGGUGGUUUAUAUGGUUGCUGCUGACCUCCUGCUUUUAUAUCUAUUUUACGAUACUGAAGUAAUUGAUUUUUCUUCUUUGUGCCCAUUGUGGUAUACAACUGGUUUAUGGUAAUUACUAUACUUCGUUACAAAAGCCUGCAUGCUUGAGGAGCGCUGCAGGUAUUGUGUAACUGCACAGCACUUGCCGACUGGCAAGCAUGACAAGGCGAGAAUGAAGACCUCUGCUACUAAAUUUUACGCGAUAUCUUAUUAGCUCACAUUCCAUCUUGGUUGAGACCGCAUUCACUAUACACUAUAAAUAUGUACAUAUCUUAGUACCUCUCUCUGGCAUAAUGAAUUGUGUACCUACUGUUUACCAAACAAGUGCUAAUGUGAGGCUUUUUGCAUAAGUACGUGCAGCAAGUGCAGAAAUCAUGAACAUCUCCCUAUUGUCCCACAGUCCUUGUGGGAGACGCAUGAUUGGAGAUUUCAAAUUUAGUGUAUUUGCUACUUACAAGGUCUUUUUACAACAACUAGGCCAUUAAUUGGACUCUACUUGGUCACCAUUUUUCUUACAAAAUGUUGACUUAAAUUGCUUGGCUUUUGACGCCACCCAAUCUCUACGACCAUUUCACAGAACUAAAUGCACAGACAUCAUGGUGGACCACAUCUCAGAAGUGCCAUGCAGUGAUUCAAAUCGUUGUAGACCUUUGAUGUAAGACGAAAAAACAAAAGAAAAACACACAGAAACAUUCCUAUCCUGGCAACUGUUUGAGAGCUGCCAGAGAUGUGCUUCCUGUAAUCCAGUUCGAAGGUCAUUGCAUGGCCAGUGUACAAGAAUGUGUCAUAUUUAUGAGAAUACAAUGUGACACGAUGCUGUAUGAGUCUGUUAAACGUAUGGUACGGCUCGCGUCAAAGUUAGCUUGAACACCGCUGCAGCCUGCGAAGUGGGAAGAGAGCCACCCUGGCAGCGCCUAACGGGAAAACAAGAGCCUCCAUAACGAGCGUCGCCCCCUCUCACUGUAAAUAGAUGACCAAAACACCCUCCGCCGUUAUUUCACCACCAGGGUUCGCAGGCCGGAGUGGCGUUCAAGUUAACUCUUAUGCGAGCUGUACCUAUAUGCAAAUAAGUGAGCAUGCGAUCCCACCCCCUUCUGUCACAUGAUGCUCUCUGAUGCAAUAGUCAGUAUGGUGGCUCACAGCUCCCACGAGCCACGUGCUGUAUAGUGUGCCAAUAGCAUAUUGAAAGAAUAACCAAGGAGCCGUUUGCGUAGACAGCACUGUGCUGGAAGUGGAAGUGCACACUGAACUAAUGGCGCAGCUGAUGCCAUCAAUUGUUCCUAAACAGCCGUCGGGUCACAAUGGCUUACACAUUUCGGAAUCCAAAGAGAUUCAGUCAAACCUCUGUGCCUCCCCAAGCAGCACAGCAUCUUGGCCCAAUAUUGGCAGUACCGGGCCGAUAUUGGCCCGACAUUGCCGAUAGCCAUCCAAUAUUGGGCCAGUGUAAUGUGCUGCUUGGAUCAUGUCUUAUCUGUACACUGGUGCAGCACGAUGUGCUGACUCUAUGCUAGAGCAAGUGUUCAUGCAAUCAACUUCUUUCUUAUUACAGCAAGGUAGUGUCCAGCACCAUUUUGUGCUGCGUCUAAUUGCUUCUUGGUUUUUCUUUGAAUUUAUGCACCACUGCUUCAUCACAUGGUCGAGCUUUUCACAAACGGCUUCUGUAGGAUAUCGUAGGGGCUCCAAAGGGGUAGCCCCUGUCCAUUUUGUUUUCGGUCUUGCAUUCUUUUAUUUGUUUAACAUUGGUUUCACAUUUCAUAGUAAUCACUUCCACAGCUCACUUUUCAUUUUGUGCCCCUCUUCGGCAGACUUUCUGAAGAGUGGAUGAAAUCAGAAGCGAACAAUGCAUGCCUUCAAAGCUAGACCUCCGCGUUCAGCUGUUUAAGAUUGCACACUGUGUGCUACAGCUCUUCCGUGUAGCAGAGAUGCCUUGGAAGUGCGCUCAGUGCUUCGGUUCUGAAAGUCAGUGGAACGGAUGGCUACGGCUUUAGAAAAGAGACAAAUCCUUGAGCAUGUGACUUCCUAUCCGGAUAGGUCACUGAUGGUUGACAACGUUUCGCACCAGCUGUGCUUGUGUGAUACAGAUAGUUUUUCUUCUCUAUCGUUGUGCAAGACUACACACGACCCGCAGUUGAAACACAUUUACAUAUUUACCGCUGUGUACAAAGCAGUCCGAAAGUAAAACGCGCAGAACCGUGUAGCAGCAAUCAUCGAGUUGUAAUUCGUGAUUUUCCCGACACAAACGGUUGUGCGAUCAUCAUGGCAGACUUCAGCCCAGUUUCCCCCACCCUUCACAUUCUGCUGUGCUCUGUCAUCUCUUUGAUGUUGUCUGUUGUUUGCAACUGUCUGUCUGUCUGUGUGUGUGUGUACCGCGUGAAAGGAAAUGUGCUUAUUUUUAUGAGUGACUGGGCACAACUGCUAUACGUGCAGUCUGACUGUGUUCCCCCCUCCCUUUUGAAGAAGGCGGGUCAGUACAUUAAUUAUUUUUGUGCGAGUUAACACUUUGCCGCGUAUCUUUCGAAAAUGUGGUGGCAUAAGAAUGUCCGACGGUGAACAACCACUGUGAAGAAUUGUGUGAUGAGAGAGAUUGUAGAUGUGUUUAGUGAUAUAUUUUUGUAUGAUGCCAUCACUUUUCCAAUGCUGCCAGUGGCAACCAUUGCAAAAACUCAAAAAAACUUUUUAUUUGUGUGUGUACCCUUUGCCAGAGCAGGAUGCUGCUCACAUCCCCCCCCCCCUUUUUUUUUUCUUUUGAGCCAAACGUGAGAGACUUGUUUGAUUGUUGUUAUUUAUACAUCUGUUUACUUUUUCUUUAUAUGCCCUCCUACGAAGAGGAAUUGAAGCAUUCCCAUUCAAACUAGUCUUGUUUUCCAUUUUGAAUGCUACCUUAUAAGAGAGAGAGAGAGAGAGAAACAAAAAUGGAUGUUUUAAACAGAAUAAGCAGAUCACAGGGAGACUAUGCCAAGAACUGUUGUGUUUGGGCGAGAUGUAUUUAUCGACUCAGCAUUUGAUGCUGCUGUCUGUGCAGGGUUUGUCAUGUGUGUAUAAGCAAAAUAGGAGUUCAUAUUUGCAUUUUCUUCUAAUGAGAAUUGAGAAAUGCCAUGCUGUAACGUGGCAAGUCAAUGACGAUAUUAGCAGGUGACCUGAUAUUGUGCGAGAUAUAAAACAAUUUUCAUUGUCGCGUCACGACUGCAAAUUAGCCACGUGAAAACAGCACGACACAUUUAGAAAGUAUGAACAUGAAACACUUUGUGGAAGUCUUAUGAUCACAUCUGCUGAAGUGCUCUCAUUGCAAUUGGUAAGAAACAGAGUUGGGACGAAUCCACGAAUCCUUUCUUUAAAAAAAAAAGGGGUUUAAAAGGCCAGGGGGGAAAAAUACUUCUACUGAAAAAUGUUUUGGAGCAGAAUUUGAUACGAAAAACAAAUUAAAUAAUAGUUAACUCUCAGGAAAAAAACAUACCCAUAUACUUAUUAAAUGUAAUGUAUCUAACACGUUCGUCGACUACAGGAAAUACAUAAACUCUCGAGUCUGAAUUAUUUCCAUAAGACUAAGAAACAAUCAAAGGCAAAACCAUGUUACUUUUAAACUUGUAACGUAAGAGUUCCUGCCUGAACUCUUUCACUCCAGAGCAAUGUAAACAAACAAACAAACAAGACUCCAGCCAGCCAAUCAGGCUUUCGGAAGACUCCGGAGGCAUCAAUUUUAAAAAAGAAACAAACAAACGGGUUAGUGGAUUCGAAAGAUUUGAUUCGCCGUUUUGGGCUCUUGGAUUCAGAUUCCCGGAUCUCGAAUCCCUGCUCAGGAUUUGAGGAUUCGCGGCUUCCGUUGGUUCAUCCCUAGUAAGGAACACUGGAAACCCUUUUGCAUAUUCCCAUGAAGUUGUCCACGAAGUGAUAUAGUGAUGACUGCGUGACCAUACAAGUGGCUCUAGUUUUGCGUCUUAGGUAUAUUUGCAUACUAUUGUAGAUUGCACAAAUGGUUCACAUCAGUUUCAGAGUCUGAAUGCAUACUAAAAAAAGCAGAAACCUUGGCCAUUUUUAUAUGACACAUUGUCAACUGAAUCUUACUGAACAAUUUUGGUCCUGUUAGGAGUGACCCAAUAUUGUGUUACUGCUUCAAAAGAACCACAGUGAGAAUAGAGACUCUGGGACAAAAAAACAAAGGGCUUGAGGCCACAAAGUGGUAUGCCACACCAGUAGUUUCUUUUUUUUUUUUUUGGUAUAGAUAUGUAGAAAAUGUAGAAAGAGCACACUGCCUCGAGUUUGAGGAACACACAAUACGAAUAGGACAGCACAAGAGUCAACACAAGUUUUUUUGUUGUCCUCUUCGUAUUGUGUGUUCCUCAAACUCGAGGAAGUGUGACCUCUUUCUACAGUACACCAGCUCGCUUGCACUGUCCUAAUUUGCUCAUCAAUGUAGAAAAUCAAUGUUUUAUUUUUGGGAGUGCAUAGGAAAGGUAUUAAAUGCAGCAGCAAAAUUGAUCCCAGUAGUUUUCAAGCUACCUUGUUCCCAAACAACGCAGUAUCUGUAACAUUCCUUGAUGGAACAUUCCUUUUUGUGGCUCAGCACCUUGUGGCUCCAUGACCAUGAAUGUGUAUGGUAUUCUUCGUGGCUUUUUUUUUUCUUUUUAACAACCAAGAGCGUUUUCGUAUGACCAAGUGCAUAGAUUCUGGAUGCGGUUAACACACAGUUUCGUGUAUGACUAUGGUGAUCGUUGACACUGGCACAAGAUAGCAGCAAGACUAACUGGCUUGCUAGUGACAAACAUAGUAAACUUUUGAAAGGAAUGUGUGAAUGAAAUACAGUUGUGUACCAUACCUUUCCAUGAAAAGAACCUAAUCUUAUCCUAACUCUUCUAUUUAACUCACGUGAAAAACUAAUUUACAUUUGUAUAAAAGGAAACAAAAAUGCACCAAAAUAAAUCCUUAUGUAUAAUAAUAAAGCAAA